AUGAAAGAUAGAAGUGAAACAAAAACUGUAGUCUAUGGUCAGUUACUUGAUGAUGUUGAUGGUGUCGGGCUGCUGAUGUUUUCGUUCGCAAAAAUUUAGUUAUUUAUUUACUGGAUUUUACAGUGAUACGGAGCAAUCUUCUGUUAACGUUUCUAGAAGUUGGCCACGAUGCUGCGGUUCCUGAGCCGUCGCGGCCGCUCCAGUCAGAAUCGCAACAAACAAGGACACAAAGCUCCCAGCAACAAGAACCUGAUCCAGUGCCGAGUGCUGCUACUGGAUGAUACAGACCUCUCCAUCAACCUCAGCAAGAAAGCCAGCGCGCUCGACCUCUACGAACAGGUAUUCUACUCCUUGGACCUUAUAGAGAAGGACUACUUUGGUCUGCAAUUCACCGACACCAACAAUGUCAAACACUGGCUGGACGCAACAAAAACCAUUAAAAAACAAGUCAAAAUCGGCCCACCAUACACUCUGCGGCUUAAAGUUAAGUUUUACUCAUCAGAACCUAAUAACCUUAGAGAGGAACUGACAAGAUAUCAGUUCUUUUUGCAACUCAAGAAAGAUAUUCUGGAGAGCAAGCUAGAGUGCCCACACUCUACUGCGGUAGAGCUGGCUGCUCUAGCACUGCAGUCGGAGCUGGGAGACUUUGAUGACAACAUACACACUCCAGCUACCGUGUCCGAGUUCAGGUUUGUACCAAAUCAAACAGAGGAGAUGGAGAUAGAGAUAUUAGAAGAGUAUAAAAAGUGCCAGGGACUCACCCCAGCCCAAGCUGAAGUGAACUACUUGAACAAAGCCAAAUGGCUAGAAAUGUAUGGUGUUGACAUGCACAUUGUAUUAGGUAAAGAUGGAUGUGAGUAUCACCUUGGAUUAACACCCACAGGGAUCCUUGUCUUUGAAGGCCCACAAAAAAUUGGUUUGUUCUUCUGGCCUAAAAUUAGCAAAUUAGACUUCAAGAAGAAGAAACUCACUUUAGUAGUGGUUGAAGAUGAUGAUCAAGGUCGUGAACAGGAACACACAUUUGUCUUUCGAUUGCACAAUGAGAAAGCCUGUAAACAUCUGUGGAAGUGUGCUGUGGAACACCACACAUUCUUCCGUUUGAGAGCUCCAGUGAAGGGUCCUUCAGCCAGACAGAACUUCUUCAGAAUGGGCUCUCGGUUCCAGUAUUCUGGUAAGACUGAGUAUCAGACAACUCAAAUGAACAAAGCUCGUAGAACUGUUCAAUUUGAGCGCAGACCCAGUCAAAGGUUUGCACGGAGACAAAGCCAUGUCCUGAGAGAAAGAGAGAAACAGAACACUGUGAAACCUGAGGUUGCCGGCACUUCAGACUCAGCCAGCACCUCAGCUGAGGCUGCAUCCCUUAUGCCAGAGCCAGUGUUUGACAAUUUAUCCAGAAAGAGCAGUGCCAAGUCACAGAAAUCAUCCAUCUUAGACUCGGACAAUAGAGAAACUGACACGGGAGAGUCUUCAAGCAAAAGUAUGAUGGAGGAGGAGCAGCCGCACGACAUGAUGUUCAGGGAGGACGCCAGCAGCAACAAGGUGCUGUUCAAUCAGGAGACGCCACUGCUCGAGGAGAAGAAGAGUAAUCUAGCCCAGAUAGUGCCGAACAAGACUCCGUGCAGCUGCUCGCCGGUGGCGGAGUCUAACCCGCUCAACGACCUCCUCAUGAGCCUCGUGAAGGAGAAGCUCAACAACGACGACAAGAACGAGGCGCGGCGCGACCAGCUGGACGCGGCCGGCGACAAGGACGUGCCCAACAACCAGACCAAGUGCUACCUCAGCUCCACCAAGGCGCUGCCGCCCGGCCAGCUCAAGUGCAACAACAUACUGAAGGCUCGAGAGAACGAGGUGAAGAUUAUAAACGAGACGACGAACAUAAACGUGUCGAUGCCGUCGGCGCCGUCGCCGAAGAUUCUGAACGAGCCGCUGCAGAACAACUCGCAGUACGUGUCCAUAGUGGUAGUGGAGCCGCCGCUGAGCCAGGCGCCGGCGUCCCCGCGCCCCGCCCCCGCCCCCGCGCGCGUGCCGGACAAGCCGCACCCCAUCUCCGCGCUGUCCCCGUGGCUCGUCACCUCCGAGCCCUCCUCACCCUCCGGCCUGGGUGAUAAAGAGAUCACCAUCAUCCACCGCAAGUCGGUUAUUACAACGCAAUUGUAACUAUCACAUAUUUUAUUAUCUAACACGUACUUAUUUAUCUACUGGUUAAUCGCUAGGAUAGUGUUACCGCGUCUGGUAUGUUUUAAUUCAUGACAUAUUAAGUUUUACUACUACGAUUAGUGCCUUAUUAAUUAUAGAAUAUGUUACUCCACUUUUACAUUUUUACGAACGAAAUUCGAAAUCGAUGCUUAAAUAUUAAUAUGUGCCUUAGUUCAUAGUUAAAUUAUCUAUUAAUAUUGAUGAUAUCCAUGAAUGAAGCUUGAAUUCAAGUCAUUAUAAAAUUAUAUCAUAAUCGAAGCUGUUGGUCUUGAAAGUACUUAAACAUAAAGUGAUAAUUUUACACACGAUAAACUUAAUUUAACCUGAAAUUUAAGACAUAUGUGACAAUUACAUUAAUUUUAUCUCAUUAUUUUUUAGGUAACUAAAGAGUACAAUAAUUUAAUGAAUACAUUCAUUCCAACUGAAUUUUACAUUCCACUAUUUCGAAAGAGAGAAGAUACCUACUACGUAUUUCAAAAAGACUGUAAUUGUGAUUUUAUUAAGCCGUCCUUAUAUAAUUAGUCAAAUAUAAACAAACAAAUAAUCUACAAGAGAUGCGAUAUAUGAAUCUAGUACAAUAGUUGUCGUCAGUAUUAUGAAACGAUGUAAUGUAAUCAGCUAAUCAUAAUCAGACAAUGCGGUGCCAUAGACAGUAAUGCUGUAAUAUCAACAAAGUAUUACUAGUUAUUUACAAUUAUCUUUCGUGGGAAAUUGUAACAAAAAGACAGUAUCGAAUCGAGUGAUCGAGCAAUAUGGUAUGUGACAUUGUUCCUCGUGUUUAUUUCCCACUGCUCUGUAUUCAUUCUGUUGUUGAGCGUUUCCAUAGUGAUAGCGAUUUUACAAUCACUUUAGAAACGCUUCGCGAACCACAGUAGGAGGCCUGCCCGCAUGUAUUGCGGGAAUUGUAAGGCCUCCCCAGAAAUAGAUUGUUGUAAGCAAUAAUAAGCGUUUGCAGGCAGCUAUAUAUUACGACGACAGUGAAACUGAUCAUGUAAAAAAUAUUAGAUUUGUCCCUGAACUAACAGCUUUGUUUUUAAACUGUUAUAAAUUCCAAUCAAAUAAGUCCAUAAUGUGUUUGAUAAUUUAUAAAUGACUCAGUAUGAUAAUAUAUGAGUUAUGAAUUUAAUUGUUUAACAAAUAGUGAAUUAGGCCUGGCUCUAUGGUAACCGUUCGAUAAAGCUGCUCUAUGAUUGGAUACAGGUUCCGUAACCAAUAGGCACGCCGAAUAAGAGGCGUUAAUGACCAAUCACAGCACAGGGAAGAUUAUCAAGAUGUGACCAUGCAGCCCGUGCAGAUGUUCUCUGAACUCGAUCAGUAUUUGAAAACAACGUAUGUUUAAAUUUACCUACAUGUAUACUUAUACCUACGAUAGAGUCAGUAAAUAUGGCUUGGUAUUAUGGGAUGAGACGUAUGACCUGUUUCAAGAUGUCUAAACGAGUGUCAGUUUCAGAAUAGGUCGAUAUCACAAUACUGAAUGCAAGAAUAUGACUGUACGAAGUUUUAUCUCGAGGAUAUUUUAUAUGACGCAUAGGCUACCUGGGGUCAUGGCACCUAGGUAUGUGGUUAAAAAUGUACUUACUUAUUGUACUUAAUUUUAUAUUAUUGGCACUCGCGUAUUAUUAUGUGCCAAUUUCGAAUAAUAACAAAUUUUAUUUAGCUAGUAAGGUGUAAAGUUACAUGUUAUUUUUGAUUUCACUUUGAAAGCUGUUGGGGACUUCGGUAAUUCAUGGGAAAUGUGACUUAGACAUAAGCUCCCAUAAGUCAUACACAUAACCAUUUCUUUAAAAUACAUUUAUGUCUACAAGAUAUCCCUUUUGUUGAUGUUUCAAAGUCCAUAAUUAAGAGUUAGGAUGUCUUCAACGAUUAAAUUCAAAGUAAUCAAAAAGGUGCUGGGGAAAUACAAUAUAUUGUGAAAUUAUUAUACUGAUAGUAUAGAAGAUAAUCAUUUUAUUAAGUAUUGAGUCAAAAUCUGUUGUAGCGACAUCACUUAAAAAUGUUAAUUUCAGUCGGUCAUUUUCAUGACAUUCCUAAGACUAUUUUGGCGGUCCACAGGUCGUCAUAAUACGGUUUUGACUAGAUAUGUAUAAUCUAAUUUGAUCAUUAAUAAUAUUGUCUGGUAACAUUUUUAUGCAAUAAAUUUAUAACAUUACCUACUAGUUAAGAGAUUAUGAGAAUAUAUUAUUAUUUUAACCUUA